AUGGCACCCGGACCACAGUUAUUCUACGCUCUCUGGCAGACAGAGGACGUCCGCGAGAGGCUCUUUAACCUACUCUCCAAAUCUGAACUUGCCAACGUGCGACUGGCUUCCUCAGCCUGCUGCAACCUGGUUACUAAGAGGCUCUUCCUACGAACCCACAUAACUUUCACGGCCAGCACCUUCACCAAGCCUCCCCGUAUCCAGGCUCUUUCGCGCAUCGGCCACCACAUUGAGCAUCUGACCUUUAACUUGCCCCAUUCCGAGGCAACCUUUUGCCUCCGCUGA